UAGACCAGAAGUAAUUUCAUAAUUGAAGGACAAAAACAGUGAGGUUUUAUUUUUUCGCGAAGGUAAAAACAGUGAGGUUCGAUCUGCGAAGAAACGAAAAAGUAGAAACUCAAGGUGGACAGGAUCAGUUUCUAUUAUUUGAUCUGAUUCUAGUAUGAUAAUAGAGUGUCAACACCAGCCAGGGGCCUUUUUACAGUCUGAUUCAGUUGUGCUAAAAUAAGUAAUCCAAUCUUCAGAGUUCUGUAAAGAACUCAGAAUAAAUUAGUUUGUACGACAGCUGAGACAAAACAAAACUUGGUAAACUAAAAAAGUAAGUUAAUGAGGGAAACAUUGCUCUCAACAAGAAACUUUGGAAAUUUCUGUUGUUUGGUCUUGACUUUUGCGCAGUCCCAUAGCAAGCUAUCAGUAGUCCCGUAGCUAUCAGUUAAUGGACUGUACAGCAGCCAGAAUUAUACGAAUUCAAAAGUCUUGUGAUGACUGGGUCAGGCGUGCAUGCUUGACUGAUUGCUAGCCAUAAAAACUCUCUUGAAAAAUUAUUUCAGGGAAACGUUUGUAACCGGCCGAACAGGCCGAGUGUUGGGCCAGUCAAGUUACGGGUAGGUGUCAUCUAUCUUAUUCCCACUCUGAAUAGUCUAACGAAGCCUCAUGGCUACUCGUUUCUUCUUUCCCACCUCCCUGCAAGUUGGCUAAUCUUCGCUCCCCAAUCUCUCUGUUUUGAGCCGCCGCCGCUUGAAGGCUCAACCUGGCCGAUCUACUGUUAGCCGGCCACCGCCAACAUGAGUACCGGUAGCCAUCACCAUGGGCUGGAACCAACAGGCGACCGUGCUUCGAGCUCCACCACUCGUCGAUGCAACUCUACUGUAGCCGGUUGCACCUCCGGCCCAAAACGGAUGCAGCUCUGCCACUGCCGGUUGCAGUUCCGCACACUCACGAGUUCUAGCUUUGCCCUUUCGCCGGAUGCAGCUCUAGUGCUCUACUCACGAGUUCAAGUUCGACGGGAACCUGCCUGAACUCGACACUUGUUGUCGUGUGGAAAUCGUUGGAUCCUUUUCCUCUUGUGACUGUGAAACCAGGAAAAACAGAAUUGAAGGAUCGAUCUAGGCCACGUAAACUCACGUGGAAUACUUCCCCCUUGCCGAACGUGGAAUACUUCCCGGUCGUUUCGGUUCUGCCCGAGGGCCAUGUCCCGUCCGCCACCGCUGCCCUCUUGAGUCGGCACGGCCGAUAGUCAUCACCGUAGCUGGCUGAGUGGCUGGGCCCGCGAGCAUUUAUAGGUGGCCUGGCCCCACGAUUUCAGAACCCCCAACCACUCUCCAGCACAGUAGUCAAGUCAAAGGAGUCAACACCAGACCCCACCUCCAGUACCCCUCCCCUCAACUAGUCUUCCACCCUGCUUCGCUUUACUUGUCGAGCCAUAUCUUCCACCGCUAGCUCUAGGACUCGUCGGCUCGCCCAAGCGGCCAAACACCGGACCAUGGCCUCGUCGCACUACCGCGGCCGCAUCCCCUCCGACCUGGCCACCGCCGCUGCCCUCCUCCUUGCCUUCCUCCUCCCGCCGCUGGCCGCUUCCCAGUGGCCCAACUGCGACAAGAACGGCAACUUUACCACGAACAGCCCCUACCAAGCUAACAUCCGGGCCCUCUCCAGCACCCUUCCCAAGAACGCCUCCUCCUCGCGGACGCUCUUCGCGUUCGCCACCGUCGGCACCGUUCCGGACAUCGUCUACGCGCUCGCGCUCUGCCGCGGCGACGCCAACGCCUCCGCCUGCGGCAACUGCGUGUCCAACGGCUUCAAGGACGCGCAGCAGCUCUGCCCCUACGGUAAGGACGCCGCCGUCUACUACGACCUCUGCUACGUUGCCUUCUCCAACCAGAACAUCCUCUCCGCCACCGGCGGCGGCAACAGCGUCCUCAUACUGAUGAGCGACAAUAACGUGACCGCGCCAGUGGAGGCGUUCGACGCCGCCGUGGGCGUCCUCAUGAACGCCACCGCCGAUUACGCGGCCGCGAACAACUCCAGGCGGUUCGGCACCGGGGUGGAGGGUUUCGAGACGGUCGACAAGGGGAACCCCAAGAUUUACGGUGUGGCGCAGUGCAGGCCAGACAUGGCACCAGGCGAUUGCCGGACCUGCCUCGGAAAUAUCAUCGCGAUGAGGUCCCAGUACUUAAUCGGGAGGCAGGGUGGUAGGAUUCUUGGAUUGCGGUGCAACUACAGGUACGAGCAGUAUUCCUUCUUCACCGGGCCUUCUAUGCUGCAGCUCCCGGCGCCAUCCGUGGGGGCAGCUCCAGCUCCAGCGCCGGCGAGCGUGAGGCCACCACCAGUCGGAGGAGAAAGCACAGGGAACAGAACGGCUAGAAUUUUAGCUAUUACACUGCCGAUAGUUGCUGCAAUACUGGCCGCUGUUGUAAUUUGCCUUUAUCUAUGGAGGAGGAAGAGCAAACCGGCGCGAAAGGCAUCACUGUCAUAUCCAACUAAUCCAGAGGACAUACAGAGUAUCGAUUCACUCAUUCUCGAUCUAUCAACUCUACGAGCCGCAACAGAUAACUUUGAUGAAAGGAAUAAACUUGGUGAAGGAGGGUUUGGUGUGGUUUAUAAGGGAAUCCUUCCUGACAAUGAAGAAAUAGCAGUUAAAAGGCUCUCACAAAGUUCUCGCCAAGGGAUAGAGGAGCUGAAAAAUGAGCUUGUUUUGGUUGCUAAGCUUCAACACAAGAAUUUAGUGAGACUUCUUGGUGUUUGCUUGGAGGAACAAGAAAAGUUACUUGCGUAUGAAUACAUGCCCAACAAAAGCCUUGACACCAUUCUUUUUGAUCCUGAUAGGAGCAGUCAGCUAGAUUGGGGGAUGAGAUUUAGGAUAGUCAAUGGGAUUGCUCGAGGCUUACAAUACCUUCAUGAAGAUUCUCAGCUGAAGAUAAUUCACCGGGACCUCAAAGCGAGCAAUGUUCUUUUAGACUCUGAAUUUAAUCCUAAAAUUUCAGAUUUUGGCUUAGCAAGGCUAUUUGGCAGUGACCAAUCCCAUGAUGUCACCAACCGUGUCGUCGGAACCUAUGGAUACAUGGCCCCUGAGUAUGCUAUGCGUGGGAAUUACUCUAUCAAGUCAGACGUGUUCAGCUUCGGCGUCUUGAUUUUAGAAAUUGUCACUGGAAAAAGAAACAGCAUCGCAUAUGACUCUGAGCAAGCUGUAGAUCUCUUAAGUUUGGUGUGGGAGCACUGGACGAUGGGAACAAUUGUAGAGAUCAUGGAUUCGUCUAUGACAAGCCAUUCUCCUGGAGACCAGAUGCUCAAGUGCAUGCACAUCGGACUUCUGUGCGUUCAAGAAGACCCCGCUGAUAGACCGAUGAUGUCGGUUGUGACUGUCAUGCUAAGCAGCAGCACUGUGUCUCUCCAAGCUCCAUCAAGGCCAGCAUUUUGCAUCCAAAAGAGUGGCAUGAACUACUCAGGCAUGCACACGGAUCCAUAUCCAGGAGUUACGCAUUCUACCAGCAGAUCACCUAUGUCACCGAACGAAGUUUCGAUUACUGAACUUGAGCCGAGAUAAGUCCGAGACUGAUGAUAUAUUCAGUAUGUACGCCAUUCUUGCCAAAAUAACCUAUUUUGAUGUAGGGAAAGACCCUACAUCAUAUGUAUAAUCUACUCGACCCCCUGGUGGCAGAAAUUUUACUGAGCAAUGGCAUAAUACGGCAGUAUAAUUAUAUUGUUGGGGUUGUCUAUUUGUCGGGUUACGGCAACAUUUUAAGAUACACUAUCAUUUCAUCUUGUGGAUCACUAUCCUGUUAUAUGGCUUAUGUUUGAGUCUCCA